CCACCCACCCACCACCACUGGUAGAUCCCCCACUCCAUGCUGCUGCUCCUCCGCCCCUUCCUCACCAGCGUCCGCCUUGCGUGACCUCCCUCUGCCGCUCCCUCUCCUCCCAGACCCCUCUCACUCCCUCCAUGGACCUGCAGGAGGUGGUGACCCUCAUCGAGAAGCUGGCUCCCCCCAGCCUGGCUGCCAGCUGGGAUAAUGUGGGACUCUUGCUCGCACCGGCCUCUCCUCUCUGCGUCCACUCUGCCCUUCUAGCCGUGGACCUGACCGAGGAUGUACUGAGGGAGGCAAUCGAACUGCAGGCCCAGCUCCUGAUCUGCUACCACCCUCCCAUUUUCCACCCCCUCCGACGCCUUACCCCUGCCAGCUGGAAAGGCCGGAUAUUGACGGGAGCGCUGGAAAACCGGAUCGCCGUGUACUCCCCGCACACUGCCCUUGACGCAGUCCCUGGUGGUGUCAACGAUUGGCUGGCUGAGAGUCUGGGUGAAUGCACCACUCGGCCUCUGACCGAAUCUGUGAGUGACUCCUUCCCCAGCGCUGCUUCCCACCGCCUUGAGCUGACUAUUCCGGAGGGGUUUAAUUCGGAGACUGUUCUCACUCGCCUUCGGGAGCAGGAAGGGGUCUGGGUAUCCUCAGAGACCCCCAGGGCUGGGUGCCGACUCUCGCUGACCUGUGACCAGUCGGGGCUGGUGGGAGCCGUUCGGAUCAUUGGAGCCUCCAGGGAACUGGGACAGAGUCUGGAACUAACUCGUCUGGAGAAGCCUCCUCUGCCAGACACAGGGAUGGGACGCUUGUGCCAACUGCAGACGCCCACCCCCAUCAAGACCCUGGUGCAGAGGGUGAAGCAGCACCUGGGGGCACCCCACUUGCGACUGGCUCUGGGAUGUGGUCACAGUGUGGACUCACUGGUGAGCACGGUGGCGGUCUGCGCUGGAUCUGGAGGGAGCGUCCUGGAAGGAGUGCACGCGGAUCUCUACCUGACCGGUGAAAUGUCCCACCAUCAGACUCUGGAUGCCAUCUCACAGGGACAUUCCGUCCUCCUGGCCGAGCACUCUACCUCUGAGCGAGGCUUCCUCCCCCGUUUUGCCUCCCUCCUCACCCCCUCACUCUCAGGUCGGGUCUCACUCCAUAUCUCAACCCAGGACCGUGAACCCCUCGCCCUGGUCUGAGGCCAGCGCCCACCCCUUGUCCCCAUCAAUUGGGCUGGGGGGGGGGGGGGAGAGGAGGGAGCCCUUCUCUCCCGGGAGAGGGAAGGAGGGCAUUUUCAACCUGGGGGCCUUACCAUUCCCGCCGUCUUGCCCCAACAACCAGACAGGCGCAGUGCAUCAGCAAGCACCAAUCACCACAAAGCAGCCUUGUGCUUUGUAAACUGACACAGUCAUCUCUGAAAUGCACGUUAAUGUCUUAUUAAUUAUGUGAUACUCUUGAAUUUGGUGGGAGUUUGUGAUGGGCAUGGAGGGAGCUUCACUCUGCGAGUGACCCUGGGAGUUUGAAUAUAGUUUGGUCUUGUAAAUUGAAAUCUGUUCACAGAUUCUGGAUAUUGCCACUGGCUGCUGAUGGACUUUUAAUUAAAGCCAGGAUGAGGGAGAAUAACACUCUCGCCCUAACUACCCUG